UGGGACCGUGCUCGAAGUCACGGUCGAGCUCGGUCGAGCGCGGUCUCGGUGCGUCCGCGAGGUCACCCCCGGAAGGUCGGUCGAUCCCUCCAUGGGUCAAGGGUGCGUCGUUUGGCGACAGUGGCAGGAUUUCUCCAUCGGUUUUUGGCCCCGACCAAGAGGACACUUCGCGGCCCUGAACUUGGAUCGACUUCUAGAGACAUUUUGAGGGGCGGAAGUUCGUUGAGAGGACUUCUUUACGUUCGAUAAGGGAAUCGUAUUUUUCGUAUUUGGAUGCACUUUGUUUCUUGGGGAGAUGCGCAUAGGUGGUGAAAGCCGCUUCUCUUUCGAAGCCAUGCUAUUGGUACCUUUUCUUUCUUCGUCUACCCCUGGCCCUCUUCGUCUUCCCGAGCGUGAAUGACAACGAGGACGAGACCCGGGAAUCACCUCAGUCGCGUUAGAAUUCUUCGAGGUUGAAGUGGAACUGCGCGUUUUUCGGGACCUCCGGACGUGGAAGCGAUUAGCCGAGCUAGUUGACAAAGUGCCUGAGCCAUGGGGAUCGAAAGCGUCCUGACGAGCAUGGUAGGCACCACUUCCGGAAGCCUAUCGUGGUUCUUUCCGGUCUUGGCUGCCGCGAUCGCGUACUUUCAGUACGAGAUCAUGGACCCGGAAUCCCGACCCAUAGACGUGCCCCCGGAAUUGCUCCUCCCGGCCUAUGACUUCAUCGUCGUGGGAGCCGGAUCGGCAGGAGCCGUAGUGGCGAGUCGACUGUCGGAGAUCGAGGACUGGAACGUGCUCCUCCUCGAAGCUGGAGGAGACGAGACGGAGAUUUCGGACGUGCCGUUAUUGGCCGGGUAUCUGCAGCUCAGCAAGCUGGACUGGAAGUACAAGACCGAGCCCCAGGGAGACGCGUGUCUAGCCAUGGAGAACGGUCGCUGCAAUUGGCCUCGAGGAAAGGUGAUAGGCGGCAGCAGCGUGCUGAACUACAUGCUGUACCUUCGGGGGAACAAGAAGGACUACGACACCUGGGAACAGCAGGGGAAUCCCGGCUGGGGGUGGAAGGACGCGUUGCGAUACUUCAAGAAGUCCGAGGACAACCGGAACCCCUACCUGGCCCGGACGCCGUAUCACUCGACGGGAGGUUACCUGACCGUGCAGGAGGCCCCCUGGCACACCCCCUUGGCCGCGGCCUUCGUGCAGGCGGGUCAGGAGAUGGGGUACGAGAACCGGGACAUCAACGGGGAGCACCAUACGGGGUUCAUGAUCGCCCAGGGCACCAUCAGGAGGGGCAGCAGGUGCUCGUCGGCGAAGGCCUUCCUCAGGCCGGCCAGGUUGAGGAAGAACCUGCACGUCUCGAUGUUCUCGCAGGCCACGAGGGUGCUGAUCGAGCCGGGGCCCACGAAGAGGGCCUACGGCGUGGAGUACGUCAAGGGAGGGAAGGCCUACCGCAUCCGCGCGACCAAGGAGGUGAUCCUGUCCGGAGGAUCGGUGGGAUCGCCACAGCUGCUGAUGCUCUCGGGGGUAGGACCCGCGGAACACCUGACCAGGCUCGGCAUCCCCGUGGUUCAGGAUCUGAGAGUCGGGCACAACCUCCAGGACCACGUUGGACUGGGGGGCUUGACCUUCAUGGUGAACCAGGAAGUGUCCAUGGUGGAAAACAGGCUGCACAGCGUCCCCGCCGUCCUUCAGUAUGCCGUCUUCGGUGACGGACCCCUCACCGUCCUGGGCGGCGUCGAGGGCCUGGCUUUCGUCAACACCAAGUACGCCAACGCCUCCGAGGACUUCCCCGACAUCGAGCUGCACUUCAUCUCGGGCUCCACGAAUUCCGACGGGGGUAGGCAGAUCAGGAAGGUGCACGGCUUGACGAAGAGGUUCUACGACGCGGUUUUCGGACCCAUCGGGAACAAGGACACCUGGAGCGUCAUCCCCAUGCUGCUGAGGCCCAGGAGCAAGGGCGUCAUCGAACUCAGGAGCAAGGACCCCUUCGAUCAUCCCCUGAUAUAUCCGAAUUAUUUCAAGGACCCCCAGGACAUGGCCACUCUCGUGGAAGGCGUCAAGAUUGGCAUCGCUCUCAGCAGGACCGAGGCCUUCAAGAAGUUCGGCAGCGAGCUGAGUUCCUUGAAGUUUCCGGGAUGCAGGCGCAUCGAGGCGUACACCGAUGCGUACUGGGAGUGCAUGAUCAGGUAUUACUCGGCCACUAUUUACCAUCCCGUGGGGACCUGCAAGAUGGGGCCCUACUGGGACAGGGAAGCCGUUGUCGAUCCACGACUCAAGGUUUACGGUAUUGCCGGCCUGAGGGUCAUCGAUGCCUCCAUCAUGCCCAAUCUCGUCAGCGGGAACACCAAUGCCCCGGUUAUCAUGAUCGGGGAGAAGGGCUCCGACCUUAUCAAGGAGUUCUGGUCGAAAAGGAAACAUCGGGUCUGAGGGUCCGGGGUGUCCUCGUAACGUCCAAAUCUAUGGCCGUUGGCGUGACUAAAAUUAAAAUAGCGGAUCGUAACGACAGCGAGCGAUGGUCCAAGAAAAUUACGAGAUACGAUAAUUAUUCGGCCGGGGCUAAUCGAUCGAUCGAACCGCGUUCAAUCGUUAAGCGAAAGAAAGUAGGAACAAGUGAAUCGUUCCCUCUAAAACCCAAUACGUUGAUUAAUUCGGGUAAUUACGUUUGAUUGGUCGAUUUAACGCGAUCGAUAACGGGUCGAGUACGAGUUCGACGGUUUAAUGAACGAGAGUGGAGGAUUUAAUUAACGAUCGAUCGCUACCGGCACGGACCCUCCUGAUAAGGAAACGCUAGAAACGAGAUACUAAUCUCGAUGUAUUAUAAUGUACAGAACGGGACGGACUCUUUGUAGGAAUAAUGUUAGUUUAAGCGCUAUCGCGAGAGACACUUAUUCAUACCCGAAAAGAAUACGUACGUUUUUAUAACAAUGUCGUAGGUUAUCGUAGCAGAGCGUACGGUUUUUUUUUUCAUUACCCACAUUUCUCGUUUGAAAAUAUCCCGUGACAAUUGCUGCGCACAACGACCACAAGAAAAAUCGGCAUUCCACAUUGUUACGGACUGACCCGAUUUAAUUUAUUCUCAGUCAUUAGCAUAAAUCCCGCGUGUCGUUAGUAUGCAGAUAAAACUUUCUCGAGCUUUUGCAAAGUCAUUUUCAAAUAUAAUACAUGACUCUCGACCUUGUCGAGGAAUACUCUCUAACGAGCGCUCAUGUAUACGAAAGUGAAAUAUUUCUCAGAUUUAGACGAUGAGGUGAACGAGUAAUCCCGAUGAUCGAAUGCACGCGACUGGAAACGAUGUAUGUAUUUAACGGUAUGGACGAAUUUAAUUAACCGUAAUGUACGCUCUCUCAGGGAAAUGAAAUAAAGGACUAACGUUUCCGUAAAUAGUAGACACGAA